AUGUGGCGCCCAGACCCAGGACCCUGCGUGGCACAAGUUGUAGAUUGGGGUGAGCAUCCAGAUGACAUCGAGUACAUGCGCCAAUUGAAGGCACUGUCCAAGAAGGUCUUAAAGAGGCGCGAGGUGAUUGCAAAGGACUUAGAUAUCAAGCGAGUAUGCCAGAAGCAGGGCAAGAUCCACUUCUCAGUGGCAUGCUGGAACCUCUCCGAGUACUCCCGCAAUGGCGGCCUGCAGGACCAGGCAUCGAGUCUCAUCCAUGUCUUUUAUGAGUCCAAGGACGAGCGCAAGGUGCUGAAUGCCUUCUCCUCCGCUGGCAUCGAUUUGGAGUCAGUUGAGGCCGUACCAGUCGAUCCCAAUUCCAGUAAGAGACAUGAGCAGCAGAUCAUGUAUGCGAAAGAGUGCCUCUACAUCCAGGACGAGAACACCUGGGAGGAGGGCACUCCCCUCUCGCCGGACGAGGUCAAGCAGAGGUUCCAAGGGCGGAUGAAGUGA